CACCAUCCUGCCGUCGCGCUCCUCUGAGUCUGUAUACCCCUCUGUUCCACUCUCCUCACUUAGUCGCUCCUUACACCACAUAUACAACCCAGCAGUCAUCGCAUUGGCCCGCCGAACCGCCCUGCCCCUCCUCCGCCAGCAGCUCCAACUCCCAAAGCUCGUUCCAAGGCCCCGAAUCCAAACACAGCACACGCGUUACGACAGCUGGCUCGCGAGGUUGACGGGAGGCGGCGACGCCUUGCCGCACGACAGAAUGUCGACACCUGAAAACAAGCCCGGAUUCCUCUCCGCAGGCAUCAACGCCCUGUCGCCCUGGGGAUCGCGAAGUGCCACCCCGAAGCCGCCGCAGACGCCGAAGAAUGCGGAAGAGGACAAGAAGGAUAAGGCUGCAGCCAGCGGAGUAGGCCCACAACGAGGUGGAGAUCAUAUGGUGAAUCGGAGGCACAGGCUGAGUCUCAAGAGGUAUCCUCAGGACUGUCCCUCGCUUGCUGUGAGAUGGUUCCAUGCCGUAGAUGUUCCCAAGCGCAAGCCCUUCGCUUCCACCGCCGUGCAGCCUGACAAGCCUCUGCCGAAGCCCAAGAAGUGGAUACCCUUCUCCCCCGAAGACUCCCGUGCCAUCGAGACCGCGUUCCAGAAAACCGCCGAAGAAGAAGAAGCUGCCGCGCUGCGAAAGGGCAUACUGAGUCCGAUCUCGCCUGCUCAGACGGGCCUGGAACAAGAACCAGAGACCGUCACUAAGGUGCCAGUGAAUGAGGACUACCUUUUUAAUGUUGAGAUCGAGACGCGCGAGCUAUCCCCUGCGUACUGGCUCGGACCGGUCUACGAUGUGAAGCGAGGGACAUGGUUCACACCCGACGGAGAGCCCUGCGAUGAAAAUCUGGCAACACAACUUGAGGAAGGCUAUUUGAAGGUCAAGCCAUGGCGGUUUGCAAAGCCGGCAGAGAAGCGUUCGGCAUCGCAGCCGCGAACCCGCCCCGUCUCGCUCAACAUGAAGGUCGACAACGACUAUCGCAAAGAGCUGGGCAGGUUGAACCGAGACUCUACGUCGAAUCCGGUCACACCCAAAUCCUCAUUCGACGAUCUGCGAGGACAAGCGAGUGCGGACGCCAACGCCACCGAGGCCAAGCCGGGGACUGAAAAGACGCCUCCAGAUGACUCGUCGCGAACCUACCGUCUCUUCGGCGCCCAUAUGAACUGGGUGGUCACGUACCAAGAUGAAAAGACGGCCUGGAUACUGACAGAUAACAUGUGGUCACAGAUGGGAAGCACCCUUUACCAACGAUUUGCCGGCGGUGCGCAUUUCGCGGGCACAAAGUACAUCCGUGGUUUCGUGGACCCAGCCAAGAAGAAGGAAGCAAAGCCUGCAAAGGAAGAAGCUGGCAAGAAAGAGGCGGAGCAACCUGCGACCCCUCCCUUGGCCUACGGAGAAGACCACGGCAAGCGGCGCACAGGUACUGAGUCGGAGACGGCUGCGUCCGACACAGCAAGCGCAGAGGACGGCGAGGGUCGAGAGUCACCGUCCGAGACCCGUAGAAAAACUCUUGAGCGCCAAAUGUCUUCCCUAAUGACUUCCAACCAUGAGGAAGAUCCCGAGCAACAAGAGGAGGAGAUCCGGAAGCGGGAUGAGAAGGAAAUGCGCGAAGACUACAAAGACCAAAGCCAGGGCGAACAGGGUCGGGAGAUUGAACAUCUCCUUCUGGUAACUCAUGGCAUAGGUCAGCGGCUCGGCAUGCGCAUGGAGAGCGUCAACUUCAUCCACGACGUCAACUCAAUGCGAAAGACGCUGAAGUCUGUCUAUUCAAACUCAACUGACCUGCAGGCCCUCAACGCCGAAGUAGACAAGGAUGUUAAGAACAGCCGGAUCCAAGUUCUUCCCAUCUGCUGGCGCCAUCUCCUGGACUUUCCCUCCCAGGGCUUGAAGCAUAAUCGCAAGGAGCACGAUCUGGGAGACCUGGACUUUGAAGAUCAGGAGUAUCCCAAACUGGAAGACAUCACGGUCGAAGGCGUUCCAGCUGUGCGCAACUUGCUGACCGACCUCGCUUUGGACAUCCUGCUCUAUCAAAGUCCAGCCUAUAAGAGUCAUAUCUCCCGUAUUGUGGUCAAGGAGUGCAACCGCAUCUACAGUCUUUUCAAAGAACGCAACCCUUCAUUCACUGGAAAAGUGAGCUUGAUCGGGCACUCUCUCGGUUCUGCUAUCAUGUUCGACAUCCUGUGCCAACAAAAGGACCCGCGCUCGAAGUCGCAGUCUCAGUCAAGCAAGAAUCGCCGCAAUACGGCAGAGGGUCUGAAGCUUGACUUCGAGGUGGAAGACUUCUACGCCCUCGGCUCGCCCAUUGGGCUGUUCCAGAUGUUGAAAGGCCGCACUAUUGCUGCCAGACCUUCGGCUUCCUUCACACCUGCGCAGACGCCCGCGAGUCCCCUCGACGAUCCUUUCUCGCCAGACUCAGAACGCAACCCAGCAAGCGACGUCACCGUAUCUUCCCCACUGUGCAAGCAGCUGUUCAACAUCUUCCACCCUACCGAUCCCAUCAGCUACCGUCUCGAGCCUCUCAUCUCACCAGCCAUGUCCGGUCUCAAAGCACAGCCUCUGCCAUACACGAAGAAGGGCAUCUUUGGUGCCCCCGCAGCCCAAGGCUUGACCGGCAUCGGGGCGAGAGUGGGCCAAGGCGUGACCGAUUUCUGGAGUUCAGUUAGUUCAGGAAUCGCCAGCGGUCUACUCAAUCGCAGUCUUGGCAUUACUGGAAACGAUGCCGCCAAAAUGAGCAAUGACCUCACGCACGGCCAAAGGUCUUCGCGGCCACUCUCGAUUGGUCCUGGUUCAGGCGGCAUGUUGCCCGGUCUCGACCAGCCAGCUAUAGCCUUCAUAAACGAGGAGCGAAAGCGCAGAUUAGGUGAGGAGCCUAUCGCACCUGGGGAUGACGGCGAGCAUCCACCCACGCUCAUCGACUCUGAGAUCGAGACUCUAUACGCCGGGUUCCAGAAGCGGAGGAAGAGCAGGGAGAGCGACGAUGGUAGCAAGGACAUCGAGAAGGACCUUGAGUGGCAAGAGCUUGAGGAAAGGAGUAGGAAGUUAAGGAAGGAGGAGGCGAAGGUGCGGGCGCUGAAUGCUAACGGGAGAGUGGAUUACAGCAUUCAAGAAGGGGCCUUCGACAUCUCUCUCCUCGCUAGCAUAGCGAGCCACCUCUCCUACUGGGCAGACGAAGACGUCUCCCAUUUCAUGAUCUCUCAGCUCUUGGCUAGACAUCGCGUGUUCAAGCCUUCUCCGGCGAAGGGCAUAGAGGGCUAGAUAUAGAUGGGAUACAUUUGCAUAGGGCGGUGUUGGUUGGUUUAUGGCGAUGAUGAAUGAUGAAUUGGUAAUACCCCAGCCUGGAGUCCUCCAGCACCUUUUCCGCAACUCGUGUGCGCGUUAUACACUAGGUGACCCUGGAGUCCUCCAGUAGGCAGAUACACCGGUCGAGGUGAG